AUGAAUUUCGAUAUCGGUGGUCCUUCGGAACGCCUUCCUCCGCCUCUCAUCAAGGCCUUUGGUGUCCUCAAGAAAGCUGCGGCACACGUCAAUAUGACUUAUGGUCUAGAUCCUAAGAUUGGAAACGCCAUUUCGCAGGCGGCGACUGAGGUCAUCGAGGGCAAGCUCACCGACCACUUCCCGUUGGUGGUUUUCCAAACCGGGAGUGGUACACAGUCCAACAUGAACGCAAAUGAGGUCAUCUCGAAUCGCGCGAUCGAGAUUCUGGGUGGGGAACUGGGUUCAAAGAAACCCGUGCAUCCGAAUGACCAUGUCAACAUGUCUCAAUCGUCCAACGACACGUUCCCGACGGUGAUGCACAUUGCAGCGGUCUCCGAGAUUCACAACGAUCUCAUCCCUGCCCUGAAGACGCUCCAUGAUGCCCUGGACGAAAAGGCCAAGGCGUUUGCUGACAUUAUCAAGAUUGGUCGCACCCAUCUGCAAGACGCCACUCCUCUCACCCUUGGACAAGAGUUUUCGGGCUAUGUUCAACAAUUAGCCAACGGCAUCGACAGAAUCAACGGCGUACUUCCUCGCCUGAGCUUGCUCGCGCAAGGUGGAACUGCAGUCGGAACGGGCUUGAACACUAAGAAGGGAUUCGACUCUAAAGUGGCUGCAGAAGUGUCCAAGAUUACCGGCCUUGACUUCCAAACGGCUCCCAACAAGUUUGAAGCCCUUGCCGCUCAUGAUGCGCUCGUCGAGGCAAGUGGAGCCCUUACGACCGUGGCUUGUUCUCUCCACAAGAUUGCCAAUGACAUUCGCUAUCUCGCAUCGGGUCCUCGCUGCGGUCUUGGAGAACUGUCACUGCCCGAGAACGAGCCUGGUUCGAGUAUCAUGCCCGGAAAGGUGAAUCCUACGCAGUGCGAGGCCAUGACCAUGGUCGCUGCUCAAGUCGUCGGAAACAACCAAGCUGUCAUCUUCGCCGGUGCCCAGGGCCAGUUUGAGUUGAACGUCUUCAAGCCUGUCAUUAUCAAGAAUGUCCUACAAAGCAUUCGUCUCUUAUCUGAUGCCUGUCGCUCGUUUACCAAGAACUGCGUUGUGGGCAUCGAAGCCAACAAGAAGAGAAUUGACCAGCUCUUGCACGAAUCGUUGAUGCUGGCAACGAUUCUCAACAGCCACCUUGGAUACGACAACGUCGCCAAGGCUGCAAAGAAGGCACAUAAAGAAGGUACUACACUCAAGGAAGCCACUGUCGCGCUCGGGUUCCUCACACCGGAAGAGUUUGACCAAAAGGUUCGCCCCGAGUUGAUGCUGUACCCGGAUGAGCCAUAA